AUAUUACCAAUACUCCAUCGGUCGCAUACAGAGGGAUACGCAGGUCUGAGAUACACAUCCCUCUGCGGCGGGAGCGGCAGCUGCGAUCCCAACUGGGAUGACGCCCUCAAGGCAUGGCAAGACGAAAUCAAGCAAUUGUCUCUAGGACACGUGGAAUUGUUCCCAAUUGGAGAGACGACUCCUCUUGAGUUGACCAUGAUGAUUUGGGCCAAAUCGGAUAAGGCAGGUUGCCAUGCUGCCGCAUGUGAUGGAAACAUCUCUUACCUCUGCAUCCUCUCACCCCAGUAUGGACGUAUUCAAGUAGUG